AUGUCCAAGCUAGUUACUGACCUCAGGAAAUUAAUCUACUUGGACAUCUCUCGUAACCAUCUAUAUUCAGUUGAACAACAUAUUCUCUGUAAUCUACCAGUGAGCCUACAGGCCCUCAGCAUCAGCAAUAAUGCCCUACAUUAUUUUUCAUGGCCGAACCUCACAUGUCUUGGAAAUCUUAGCUAUCUCAAUCUCAGUGUAAAUCAUCUUUCAUUUUUGCCUUACAGUUUUACAGAGUUUCCACCAGAUUUGCACAUCUUGGACCUCAGUAGCAACAAGAUUACCCAUCUCCCUGAUCAAUUCUUAAGUCAAGCCAAAGCUUUGCAGUGUCUCUAUCUCAAUACCAACCGUCUCGUAGUGUUGAACCUUCAGUCACUCCCAACUCUGCUGACAAAUGGCACUUAUUUUCAAUUGCUUACCCUGCAUGACAAUCCUUUCAGCUGUGAUUGUUACAACUCUGGAUUGGAGGUAUUUCUGAGGACCAGCCACACACGUAUUCCUCACCUGACCACUGCUGUUCAAUGUGAAUUCCCAGAGUCCCUGCAGGGUCAAAGUGUGCUGACAGUCGACCUGCGUUCCUGUCAGGAGAUCUAUGGUGGCUUGGCCUUCCUCUUAAGUACACUCUUCACAUGUGCAUUUAUUGCUCUGCCGCUGUUAAGACAUCUUUAUGGCUGGGAUGUGUGGUACUGCCUGCAGAUCCUAUGGGCAGGAUGUAAGGGCUACCUGCAUCCUUCUGCCAGUUGCUCGCCAAAACACUAUGAUGCUUUUGUGGUGUUUGACACAAACAACCAGGCCGUGAGAGACUGGGUUUACAAUGAGUUGGUUAUCCGUUUGGAGAGCUCAGGCUACAGAAGAUUCUCUCUCUGUUUAGAGGAGAGGGACUGGAUUCCUGGGCUUUCCUGCAUUGAAAACCUCCACAAUGCUGUCCAUAGCAGCGGGAAGACAGUGUUUGUGCUGUCCAACGGCACAAGAAAUGACGUUGGUGAAGCAACGAUCAACGGUGUGAUACGACAGACCUUUUUCAUGGUUCAGCAGAGGCUUCUUGAUGAGAAGGUGGAUGUAGCCGUUCUCAUACUGCUGGACAAGAUGUUUCCCAAGCUGAAGUACCUCCAACUAAGGACGAGGUUGUGCAGGAAGUCCGUGAUGUCCUGGCCUAGAAACCCAAAGGCCCAACCCCUAUUCUGGAACCAAAUGAGGACAGCACUGUCAUCAGACAAUCUUCAAUUAUAUGACGACAACAUUAGUGAGGGUUUCAUAUAAAUUCCACUCGUUAUACAAAGUAACAAAGUCUCUACUGUCUUUCUGAAAAUGUCUGUAAAUAGGCCAAAUUACUUUUCAUUGAAGACCACCGCUGUUCAAUAAUUGAUGUGAACCUUGUGAGAUGUUAAAGAUAGCAUAAGUAAAACUUGUAUAUCAUUUACAUAAUCCUUUUUAAAAUGUUCUGUUGUCUCUAGUUUAACAAACCAACAUCUACAGUUUCUCAAAAAUGUGAGGAAAUGUGUUUAUUUAGAGGCUGAACUUUUCAAUGUAGAACACAGCCUUUUAAUAAUUUGUGUUCAAUUUGAAAUUAGGGUUCCUGUUCCUGUUGUAUCUACGUGUAUCUAUGUUCUUGUAGCGUUUUAAUGUACAAAAACAUAACUACUGUUGGACAAUGUACUGGGUAUGCUGCCAUUUAGAUUAAUCAAACCACCAUGAAACUAUAAUGAUAUGUAUUCAAUCAAACUAUUUUAAACUUGACAUGCAUUUGUCUGCUGAUCAAGGGAAGGGAUUAAAGCCUACUGCUGUACUAAUUUUGAAAUAUGACAUCACUCAAGAAUAUGGCUUCAUGUUUUGGGGACCUUUUCAGUUAAGAUACAGUUAAUUUGUGUCUUAAGAUGUAUGAAUACUGUGGAUUGUAUUCAUACAUCUUUACUGUUUGCUUGUAGAUAUGGCAAUGUGUAACCAUUAUUGUAACAACAAAAUAGUAACGUUGUGACUUUCAAAUUAAUUUAAACAUACUGGGGUUUUUCCCUAUCCUUUAUUUCCCCUGCAUUUUAUUUUGGUAACUUUUUGUUAAACAAUCAUUAAACUCAAAUCUGUAUCGGC